AUGGCUAAGUUUCAGAACUUGCUUCCAUGGAUAGUGCUCGUCACUCUUUUGGUUCCAAACAUGGGCAACAAAACCUCCAUUGGCGAGAAAGCCGCAAGCAACGAUUGGGAAGACGCUCACGCAACGUUUUAUGGUGACAUGAGUGGUUCAGAAACCAUGAAAGGGGCAUGUGGAUAUGGUGAUCUCUUUCGACAAGGCUAUGGCUUGGAGACAACAGCCCUAAGCACAGUACUAUUCAACAACGGGCUGACUUGCGGUGCGUGUUUCGAGGUAAUGUGCGUCGAUGAUCCACAAUGGUGCCUUCCUAAUGUUGGGACUAUCAAAAUAACAGCUACCAAUUUUUGUCCGCCAAACUGGGACCCAGCUGCUGCCCACUGGUGCAAUCCACCACAAAAACACUUUGACUUGUCCAUGCCUAUGUUCACAAAGAUUGCACAGGCCAAAGCUGGGAUAAUACCCAUCAGGUACAGAAGAGUCCCAUGCUCCAAACAAGGAGGGGUUAAAUUUGAGUUCCAUGGAAAUCCUUACUGGCUUGCUGUGUUGGUCUUCAAUGUCGGAGGCGCCGGAGAUGUGACGAGUGUCAGAAUCAGAGGCUCUAACACUGAUUGGCUUCAGAUGUCAAGAAACUGGGGCCAAAUUUGGCAGACGGGAAGCAAGAUGGUAGGGCAAGGCUUGUCAUUCCAGGUUACUACUAGUGAUGGGAAAACACUUGAGUUUGAUAAUGUUGCACCAAAGAAUUGGCAAUUUGGCCAAACCUUUGAGGGGGGAAGUAAUUUUUAGUCUCAUAUAUUAGGAGUUUCUUUGCAGCCUUUGCCAUAUGUGGAAAUUUUUGAUGAUCCAUCUUGUAAUGCAUAUGGUUUGUAAUAAUAAUAGUAACAAUUUGGAUAAUCCAGCCAUUGGAUUGU